AUGCCUGGCCUCGUUCGAAAGCUUCUUAUCUUUGCCGCCAUUGAUGGCUUGAUUCUGCAACCAACGGCGCAAAAAGGCCAGCGCCCCGCCCCCGCAACGAAGAUCACGUAUAAAGAUAAGCAUGUCGGACCAGCAUCUUAUGAUUCUCACGAUUACGAGGGGCCGUCUGCCAAAGGCUUUGAAGCAUUCGGGAUUGUCGGUCUCUUGACGGUUUCUAAAAGCUCCUUCUUAAUAUCGAUUACGAAAAGGGAACAAGUCGCACAAAUACAAGGAAAACCUAUAUAUGUUAUUACUGAAGUAGCUUUGACCCCUCUAGCUUCCAGGAUAGAAGCAGAGAACUCGAUCAACAAAACAAGAGCGGGAUUGUUAAAGAGUAGUAUUGAAGAUCAUGGAUUGGACGACAGUGAUAGUGAGGAUGACGAAGUCAAUGUUAGUGACGAAGUGGAGGACGAUACAGCAAUAGAAACACAUACAAGAACGAGCAGUGUGGCCGAAGAUGUAAUUUCGAAGAAGGGAGGGUAUGGGAGAUUCGCUCAAAAAUGGUUCUCGAAGAAAGGAUGGGCUGUGGACCAGAAGAGGAACCUGGGAAUGAGCACUGAACCGUAUGCUGCACGAGAGCAAGAUGCCAGGUCUGCCGACGUAGCAGCUACCACUUCAAAGGAUGCUGAAGUGGAACCUGAGGUUUUGAUUUCCGAUGAGGUCAGGGACAUUGAAAAUGUUGGAAAGUCUGACAAGGUUAAGAACGUUCAGGAUAUUGCUGAGAGCAUGCUGCCAAAGUUACUGCGUACGACACAAAUAUUGUUUGGGACCUCCCGGAGUUACUAUUUUUCUUACGAUCAUGAUAUCACAAGAAGUUUGGCCAAUAAAAGGAACACAAACUCUGAAUUGCCAUUGCAUAAGGAAGUCGAUCCACUCUUCUUCUGGAACCGACACCUUCUGUUACCAUUUAUUGAUGCUGGGCAAGCUUCACUUGCCUUGCCUAUUAUGCAGGGCUUCGUAGGACAACGAGCAUUUGUAAUGGAUAGCAAUCCGCCAAAGCCUGUUGUAGGUUCGGACACUGAGAAGACCUCCAUGGAACUGAAUGAGAUCACAACAGAUAGUUCGGAUGAACAAAUCUCCACAGCACGUGUUAGUGCAGAUAAGCCAUAUCUAUUGACAUUAGUGUCUAGAAGAUCGGUUAAGCGUGCCGGGCUUAGAUAUCUUCGUCGAGGUGUGGAUGAGGACGGCAAUACCGCCAAUGGUGUGGAGACGGAGCAAAUUUUAAUCAGAUUCUACUUGGGCUCCUUCAAGUAA